GCAUUUUAAUACUCAUCACUGGGAUCCAUGCAGUUAGUGCUCUUGGGAACCUCCAGCCAUCCAUGCCAAAUGUGUGUGUGGAGCAAGAGAGAAUCCUGAGGCAUGAGACACAACCUUGUGUGCAGACUUUCACCAGAAUGGUCAAAGUAUGGAAGCAGGGAUGCAUGGGGCAUCCCUGGUGUAUGAGCUACGAAAGGAGGACUGCAUACUAUAUUGCCUACCGGCAGGUGUACAGACAGGAGUAUCAGACAGUGUUCAAGUGCUGCUCAGGAUGGUCACAGCUCAAUGGAGAGACCGGAUGUCUGUACCUGUCUGUGUCAGUGGCCUUGGAGCGAGACGCUGUCUCCUUGUAGGCAUCAAAGGACUUAUCCCCCGUUACAGAUGAGACCUGGCCCCGGGCCCGGUGGUCAGAUUUUACGCUGGAGUGGCGUUGUAA